AUGGCGUUCAGCGUCCCAGCGGAGCCCUCACCGCGCGCCGGAGGUGUCCCGUCGGCGUUCCCCGUUCCCUUGGGAGUUUCUCCGAAGAUAUUUCGUAUUUCAAAUGACCUCGUUGUGAACGAAGGAAGCAACGUUACUCUCGUGUGCUUGGCCACAGGGAAGCCAGAGCCUUCCAUUUCGUGGAGACAUAUCUCUCCAUCUGCAAAACCAUUCGAAAGCGGACAAUAUCUGGACAUCUAUGGAAUUACGCGAGACCAGGCUGGGGAAUAUGAAUGCAGCGCCGAAAACGAUGUCUCGGUCCCGGACGUGAGAAAAGUAAAAGUCACAGUAAACUUUGCCCCCACAAUUCAGGAACUUAAGUCCAGUGGUGUGAUGCUUGGAGGGAAUGGACUGAUAAGAUGUGAAGGUGCAGGAGUUCCUGCUCCAGUCUUUGAGUGGUACAAAGGAGAAAGGAACUCCAAGUACCGCCCAGUACGGGAUUACUGGUGACGCGGAAGUGGUGUUCUCCUGCUGGUC